CUUCAGCCUCAGGUUGUCACAAAACAAGAUGGAUAUCCCCUCUAUGAACGCCAGAGCCUGUGUUGGUGUGAGCGGGCUCUCCAAGCGUGUGACCAGCCAGGAGGUGAAGAAAUAUUUUGGGACUGCACACGGUAACUCCGGGAUACGACGAAUGGUCACGCUUUCAGAAAGAGUGCUGAUAGAGUUCCAGAAUCCAGAAGGCAGAUCCCAGCGGUCACAAGGAAACGUGGAUAUGGAUCCAGAUGCCUGCAUUGUUCCUCUUCAACAAGCUACCAAUCGGAGCCUCUGGAGCAAAGAACAAAAACCCCAGUGUGCAGGGAUUGAAGAGAAAAUCCGACAGACUGGACUCAAAAGGCAGAAGAGAUUAGAAAUAAAGCUUCAGAAGAUGGAAAAAGAAAAUUGUCAGCAGAAGAAUGAGAUCAAACAGCUGAAGAAGGCUCUCAACCAGAGCAGUGCUUACGAGAUGAGCUCUGACACCCGCGGGGUGGCCGUCAUCAUCAACAACAUCCGGUUUGAAGACAUGGAAGAACGGGAAGGGGCCGAGAGAGACACAGAUCGCCUUCGAGAAGCUUUUGAAAGCCUUGGCUUCACCGCCCGGACCUUCAUCGACCUUGACCACGCCAAGAUGGUGGCCACCAUGAAGGACCAGGGCAAGGCCGACCACUCCAACCACGACUGCUUCGUCUGCUGCAUCAUGUCGCACGGCACCAUGGGAAAGGUCUUCUCCUCCGAUGACGUAGGCAUAGAUAUCUGUGAGCUCAUGAAGCCCGUCAAUGCUAAGAAAUGUCCGUCUCUCAAAGGGAAGCCAAAGCUGUUCUUUAUCCAGGCUUGUCAAGGGGAGAAAAUUCUACGUACGGAGAGGUUUGACAAUGAGCAUGAUGUCAAACCUGUCCCCUUCAUCUGCAUCGAAGCCGACUUCUUCCUGGGUCUGGCCACGGUGCCGGGCUAUGUGGCCAGGCGGGACGAGGACGGGGCUCCCUACGUCAAACAUCUGGCGAAGCUGCUGAAAGAAUUCGGCCCGACUCACGACCUGUUCGCCAUCAUGGCCAUGGUGUGCGACAAAAUGAAUGAGAUCAACGACGACAAGUUCGGGUGGAUCUCGUCCAUCCACAGCACUUUGCGGAAAAGCCUCAUCUUCAAAGACAGUGAAGUGAUCCACUUCUGAUCGAGGGGAAAGAUACGGAACACGUGUGUUACGCCUAAAGGCGGUUUA